CUCUCUCUCCAUGAAUCUUCCUCCCACCCUUUCUCUGUUGACCCACAACACCCCUCCCUCCCCACAUUUCACCAGUCCAAUUUGCUUCCCCCCCAUACAUAUUUUAUUCAUUAUUUUUAAAACACUUGCGCAUCCCAUCCCCACCCCCACCUGUAUAUAUAAACACCUUCCAUCACCUCCCCCAACCCAAACUCAUCCUCUCUCCACUUGAAAACAAAUUCAUUCCCAUAACUUUUUCCUUCUUCUUCAAUUACUCGCUCAUCAAGAAAAUGGAUGGCAGCUGCAUAGACGAGAGCACAACCACAGACUCCACGUCGAUUUCCCUCGCCGCGGUGUCCCCUUCCCCGCAGACGAAGUCGCCCUCGCCGGGCAGCCUCGGCCGCAUGGGAAGCGGAGCCAGCGUGGUGUUGGAUGCGGAGGGCGGCGUGGAGGCCGAGUCCCGCAAGCUCCCUUCCUCCAAAUUCAAGGGAGUGGUGCCGCAGCCCAACGGCCGAUGGGGCGCCCAGAUUUAUGAGAAGCACCAGCGUGUGUGGCUGGGCACCUUCAACGAGGAGGAAGAGGCCGCCAGGGCCUACGACAUCGCCGCCCAGCGCUUCCGAGGCCGCGACGCGGUCACCAACUUCAAGCCCCUUUCGGACUCCGACGACGGCAGCGGCGACGGAGGCGCCUUCGAGGCCGCCUUCCUGAAUUCCCACUCCAAGCCGGAGAUCGUGGACAUGCUCCGUAAGCACACGUACAAUGACGAGCUGGAGCAGAGCAAACGGAACUUGGGGCUCGACGAGAACGGGAAGAGGUUCAGACCGGACGGUUGGGCUGGUACGGUCGGGUCGGACCGGGCGGGGAGGGCCCGAGAACAGCUGUUCGAGAAGGCGGUGACACCCAGCGACGUGGGGAAGCUGAACCGUCUGGUAAUACCGAAGCAGCAUGCGGAGAAGCACUUUCCGCUGCAGCAGGUAGGGAGCUCGCCGUCGCCGUCGCCGGCGGCGGCGAAAGGGUUGUUGUUGAACUUUGAGGACGUGGGUGGGAAGGUGUGGAGGUUUAGAUACUCGUAUUGGAAUAGCAGCCAGAGCUACGUAUUGACCAAGGGGUGGAGCCGGUUCGUGAAGGAGAAGAAUCUGAAGGCGGGGGAUAUAGUGAGCUUCCAGAGGUCGGCGGGGCCGGAUAAGCAGCUUUACAUUGACUGGAAGGGGAGAAACGGGGGGACGGGAUUUGGGGAGUUGUUGGAUCGGAUCGAGCCGGUCCAGCCGAUCCAGAUGGUGAGGCUGUUUGGGGUCAACAUAUUUAAUAUACCUGUGGGUGUGAACGGAAAGAGAAUGAGGGAGGUGGAGCUUUUGUCCUUGGAGAGUUGCAAGAAGCAGAGGGCAAUUGGAGCUUUGUAACGUUUCCCCUUUUUGGAUUUUUUUUUUUUUUUUUUUUUAAUAAUUUUGGCAUUUUGUGUAGAAUGUUGGUAGGGGAUGGUCAAUGGUGGCAGUGGCCAGCUCGGUGGCGGUGGCAGUGGCGCCGGUGGUGGUGUAGCAAGUUGCGGAAAAAAGCAAUUGUAAAUUACUAGGAAAUUACAAGUUGAUGAAGGAAGUUGUAAUUAGGUGCAACAGAUGGGAAACAAUUUGAAUCAUGAAAUCAUAUAUAUAUUUUAUAAGAAAGAAAUUUCAAUUUUAUGUGUCAA